GCUAACCUUUGACCCCCAGCAGGCUCGCGCCCUCAUGCAGAGUUUUGCGCGGUUUUGCGUUGUUGUCGACCAGGGCAGGAGUUUUGCCGCAGUUUUGGACAAGAAAUCGAAACAUCCGCAACCAUAGUCACCAUCGGUGAAGAUGCAAUCACCAGGCAGUCUUCCUGCAGGCAACAGGGGCCUCGGCAAACCCUGCCUCCACAUGAAGCCCAGCCCCACCCUACAGCUGCGGCCCAGCCAGGUCAGCUGUCCACAGUGUGAGUACAGCUCACCUCUCAACCUGCACCACAGCUCAGGCCUGCCAGGUGCUCCAGGUGCAGCCUGUAUGCACACCUCCCCUCCUGCAGGUGUCAGGUAUGACACAGGUGCAGACGGGCAGGGUGGGACAGGGAUGGAUGCAUCCAUGGUGACACAUCACGACAGCGGACAGGACAUGUACGGUGCGGCUCAGAGCGACUAUCUGUCAGCCAGUCCUGUGGAUCAGAAGCCUGUGGAGACUACCGAAGGCCCGAGUCCCAACAAAAAGGGUUCUGCUAAGGGCAGCAAGUCUCACAAGGCAAAGGCUGUGAAAGAUGCAGACAAACCCUACAAGUGUGAGGACUGUUCCUUCAGCUCACCACAGCGAGACAAGCUCAUCAGGCACAUCAAGACGCACACCCAGGGUCCGCGCGCACGCCCCAACCUCCGGCCCUGCGUCCACUCCUGCGCCCAGUGUGGCUACGGCACGCCGCACAAGGACAAGCUGGUCAGGCACUUACGGACUCACAGUGGGGAGAAGCCCUUCAAGUGUCCGCAGUGCACGUACGCGUCGUCACGCAAGGACAAGCUGGUGCGCCACAUGGCCACCCACACGGGAGAGAAACCGCACAAGUGCCCGCAGUGUACCUACGCCACAGCUCGCAAGGACAAGCUCAACAGACAUGUGCUGACUCACAUCAAGUAGAGACAGAUUAUCCCUAACUAACAGUUCACCUGUACAUUAUACAUUGCUGUGGUAGUCUGUAGUUUUAGCUGGGUUCAGGGUUAUUUGUGUCAGAAGCCCAUUAAGUAUACAUUUGUACUUGAUCAACUUAGUUCAGACACAUAACCUACACUCCACUUACUGAAUAGUAUAUUGUGAGUACAUAUAGUGUAGAUCAUGAGGGUAAUACAUGUACCAUAUGUAUAGUAAUGUGCAACACAAAACAACUAGUAGACUUUUGGUGACAAUAUCCAGGGCUGAUGUUCAAAUUUCUGAACUUUGUCUGUUUACCAUCCCACUUUAUGCUCAAGCAAAAAUAGGAAUCAGAAACAAAGGAAUGCUUAUUUUUUAUAUUGAUAAUGAUAUAAACACAGCAGUGUGCGUUAAGGUUUUUACUGUACAUUUAUGUUGAAGGUUUUACAUAUCCUCUACUACAGGUUUUGGUAUUAUUAAGGAGUUUCAUGAUGCCUCAAAACAAUGAGGUUAAUCUCUCUGCUUGAAAGGACUUGCAUGGGACACUACAUACUACUUAGCUUGUCUAUCCCAUGAUGUUCAUGUUAUGAAUUAAUGAAAAGUCUGUAUCUGUACUAUUGAUUUCCACAUCAUUGUCAAGAAUCUAGGAUUAGCAUUUUCUGCUUAUGUUCCAAGCUUUACUAGCCAUACUUUCUCAUACCAGGAACAUUACAUGUACAAGUGGUGUAAUAGAAAUAAAAUGAAUUGUAGCUCAUGUAGUUAGUUUCACGCAAAAAAUAACUUUCUUCUCUCAUCCUUUAAAUGAAACAUGUAACUUCUAUGUCAAUAUUUUAAUUUUUUUUGUACCCUAGUAGAGCAACAAUGCUUUUUGCAUGAAUCUGCAUUCUGGUUAGAUUUUUCCAUUGGCCCAUACGUAUGCAAUCCAAUUGGUUACAUACCGGUAGCACUUGUGAACACUGAUGAAAUACAUGUUAAAAUGUAAUAACAAAGUUAGGAUUAACAUUAGACAUAAAUGCUAUGUUUAAAGAUGAUGGUCAAUUAUUUUAUGGAUAUGGUAAUUUUUGGGGCAAUGUAUGGAGAUUCAAAUAUCUAAAACAAACAAAAACCUAGCUGAUUUUUCAGGCAACGUAAUACUAAAAAUGUGAGUAAUUUCAUCAUAUCCAGUUUGCAUUGAUUGUAGCAACCUUAUGGUUUUAUGUAAGGCAUGAAUUACUAGUAGUUACUUAUAUUUUAUUCAAAGUUGUUCAAAACUUUCAUUCUGACCAUUGUAGUACUAGCCUUCCUUUUUUGACAAGGUCAACUGUAGAGUGAUUAGACUGCUUAUGACAACUGAGACUGAUUAAAAUGUUACCUUUUCCUGAGUCCAAA